CGAUCGAGGAUGGCCUGACCUGCGCUUAAGGACUUUCUUGUAAUUCAUAACCUCCUACGCUCUCUAUCUUGCUGCCGUAUUCGCUGUCGGGGUCUUCUUGCAUCCGCACCUCAUUCUGCUGGUAAUCAGCGAGAUGGCAACAACCUCCGUCCUGACUUCCUCCCAGUUAGACGUCUCCCGGCUGCCUGCAGACAAGUACCGUGGUGCAGUCGUAGAGGACCUUCAAUUGCCACCGGCGUUCUCGCUCCCUUCAGACGAGGCCAUCUCACGCGCGAUAGAGAUGGCCUACGAACGCGACUUCUCCCACAUCCCCGUCUUGGACCGCAACCGGAAACUGCUGGGCUACAUCGACGUUGCCUCUCUCAAGGCCAAGUGGGAAGCAGGCCAGGCGGAUCCUAGCGACAAGGUAGAGAAAUACAUGCAGAAGUUCAAGCGCACCGCCGCAACGCCGUACACGAUCAUCACGCCCUCAACUCCCCUCGCGGAGCUCGAAGACUUCCUCAGCCGCAACAUAUUCGCCAUUGUCACCGAUUGGGACCGUAAGUUCGUCCUCGGGGUCGUGACAUCACAAGAUCUCGAGAAUUUCGUCUCUCGCCGUGGGUUCUGAGCUGGAUUCGCUAGUAUUGUAUCACCACCCUUACCUCCUGUCUGUAUCAUGAUUAUUCCCUCCGCUUUCUUGCUUGACCACACGCAUCAUGCUGUCUCAUAUCAUCUUAUAAGCAGCGGUUAAUUGCACAGGCAAUAGUAUUUCCGACGGGAGUAUCAGUGCCCAAUUAGAGCUUCAACAGCCA